AUUUCAUACUACAACAUUACGUAUCAUUUGCUUCGCUUUGCGUUGUAACUUGAAGAGAUCAAAGAAUUAGACGUCCAACAAUGACGAUAUUGCAAGAAGAAGAGCACCCCAACAAGGUUUUUGGAUGGGCAGCCAGAGACAAUUCUGGUGUUCUCUCUCCCUUCAAAUUUUCCAGAAGGGCAACAGGAGAAAAGGAUGUGGCUUUCAAGGUGCUUUAUUGUGGAAUAUGUCAUUCUGAUCUUAAUAUGAUCAAGAAUGAUUGGGGCACUUCCGUCUACCCUCUUGUCCCUGGGCAUGAGAUUGUCGGUGAAGUGACAGAGGUGGGAAGUAAGGUACAAAAGUUUAAAGUUGGAGACAGAGUUGGAGUGGGGUGCCUGGUUGGAUCAUGCCAUUCCUGCAAUGACUGCACCAACAAUCUUGAGAACUAUUGCCCCAAACGAAUACUUACCUAUGGGGCAAAGUACCAUGAUGGAACUAUUACAUAUGGAGGUUAUUCUGACACUAUGGUUGCUGAUGAGCACUUUAUUGUCCGCAUUCCUGACAACCUGCCUCUUGAUGCCGCCGGUCCUCUUCUUUGCGCUGGAAUCACAGUGUAUAGUCCACUGAGAUAUUAUGGACUUGAUAAGCCUGAUUUGCAUAUAGGUGUUGUUGGACUUGGAGGCCUAGGUCAUAUGGCUGUGAAAUUUGCCAAGGCUUUUGGGGUCAAAGUUACAGUGAUCAGCACCUCUUCAAAUAAGAAGAAGGAAGCUUUGGAAAAUCUUGGUGCUGACUCAUUCUUGCUCAGUCGAGACCAAGAACAACUUCAGGCUGCCAUUGGCACACUGGAUGGAAUCAUCGAUACAGUAUCUGCUCAACACGCUCUGAUGCCUUUGCUUGGGUUGUUGAAGACUGAUGGGAAGCUUGUUCUUGUUGGUGCUGCAGAGAAACCACUCGAGUUACCGAUCUUUUCUUUGAUCCUAGGGAGGAAGCUAGUUGGUGGUAGUUGCAUUGGAGGGAUGAAAGAGACUCAAGAGAUGGUUGAUUUCGCAGCUAAACACAACAUAAAACCAGACAUUGAAGUUAUAUCUAUGGAUUACGUGAACACUGCCAUGGAACGCCUUCUCAAAGCAGAUGUCAAAUACCGAUUUGUCAUUGACGUUGGGAACACAUUGAAGGCCACCUCUUAAAGCUGUCGCUCCCUCCUUUUAUACAACAAAUUGGCAAUACCAGUCCAAAUAUUUUCAUGUUCUAGUAAUAGUUUUGGUUUGUGAUCUUUCUUAACAAGAUGUUGACAAGGCAGAUUGCCUUGGUUUGUGAUCUUUCUUUACAAGAUGUUGAAAAGGCAGAUUGCCUUUAUGUAAUAGAUUGCAAUUAAAAUAAAUAAAUCAUAGAAUAAAUUUUGUUUGAGGAUAUAGUUCGUUUUAAAAAUGUGCAUGUAACCAUUACAUUAUCCUCCUCCUUUUCUGCAUCUUCACCAUUCUGUUUCUUCUCUAACCUGCUGUUGGAUUUUGAGCUGCUAGCCAUCAAACAAAGCCCAUUUGGGUAAGCAAUGGAUCCUUCCAAUUACACAAUACAUAUUUAUAUUUUUAAACUAUUCUGCCAGUUUGGAAUAUCUGCUGCAGGA